UCAUUGGAAUGAGCCAAGAAUUGCAUGUGUCCAAUUGGCUAACAACAAAAUACUUCAAGGAAGAAACGUCCGAGUCUGCUAAGAGUAUUGGAUUUGGAGUAGUUUUCAGCGAGAAAAGUGAGAUUUUCGAUAUAGAUUUGGAGUACAAACUGAUGUGUACUUCUUCCAGCGUUAGAACUUCUGAACUCUUUUCCAACGACUUCUAUGGUAAAGGGUAUUCUGGAGACGCCUACAUUCAAUCUGGAAUUCCCGUUCUUCAGUGGUAUAUUGAAAAGGCAUUGUUAGAAAUGAUUCUUGGCGAGAGCGUACCUUUCGAGUUGGAACUUCAUUCGUUUCCGUAUCCAAAAGAUUUGGAUCUACAAAGAGACGAGAAAACUUUCAUUACAAUUCUACUUCCAUUGUUCACCAUGAUUGGUUUUAUUUUCUUUGUGCCAAUUGUCAUUCGAAGGAUAGUACAGGAAAAAUCUACCGGAGUCAAGGAGUUGAUGAGGAUCGUUGGAUUGAACUCUCUUUCUAUGUGGAUAAGUUGGCUUUUAUACUCCAUACUCAUGUUUGCAGUCACGACAAUGCUAGUGACUGUGAUACUUGGUGUCAACUUCACCAAAGGACAGGCUGCUUUUCUAGACUUCGUUGAUCUGUCUCUCUUGUGGUCCCUUUAUUUUCUCUUUUGCGUCGCCUCAUUAAUCUUUUGUUUUGCAAUCACUGCUGUGUUCAAUAACCCUGUUGCGGCUAUGAGUUGUGGUGUAAUCAUGUGGAUCGGGACGUUCACAUUAUUAAACCCUUUGGUGCUGGCGGAACAUGUUCCCUGGCUCCUCCGCCUCAUCAUCUGCCUAUUUCCAACUGCAGCCAUCACCACAGGCUUCAACGUCAUCAGGUUUUAUGACAACAGGCGUGAAUUCCUAUCCUGGGAUAAAAUAAUUGACAAAUGUCCAUUUUCCACAUAUGACAUGCACAUGGGUUGGGUGUUCUUCAUGUUGCUCUUCGACAUAGUGUUUUACAGUGUUAUUACAUGGUACUUGGACUGUGUAAAACCGGGUCCGUUUGGUAUCGCAAAGCCUUGGAAUUUUUGUUUUCAGAGAUUAAAAAAGAAGAAAUGCUACUCAUCUAAACAAAAGUUUAUGGGACAGUCUACCUACGAGGAACCAUUGCCUUACCUUAAGGUUGGCAUAUUUGUGAAGAAAGUAAAAAAGAUUUACAAAAGUGAAAUGGUCGGUUUGGACGGUGUUACAAUGAACAUAUAUCAGGACGUUAUAACCGUUCUGCUCGGCCAUAAUGGAGCUGGUAAAACUUCUUUAAUGGGCAUACUUUCAGGGUUAUAUUCAGCUACUUCUGGAAAUAUAUACUUCAGAGGUGAAGAUAUAUUCAGUGAUCUGAAGAAGUUCCGCAGAAACCUUGGAAUAUGCUUUCAGUACAAUUAUCUCUUCACAUACCUCACUGUGAUGGAACAUUUCAUUUUCUUUGGAGUUGUGAAAGGAAUGAGUUUCCACAAAGCCAGAGAGGAAGGACAGAACAUGUUGCAGCUCAUGCAUUUGAUGGACGUGCAGCACAGUUACAUUGACACUCUGAGCGGUGGGACCCUUCGGAAGGUCUCCUUGUCAAUAGCGCUGAUAGGUAACCCUAAGGUCCUGUUACUGGAUGAACCUACAUUGGGAAUGGAUCCUGAAACUAGAAGAGAUGUUUGGGAUCUCAUUCUGAGGAAAAGGGGAAAUCAUACCAUCAUAAUAACAACACAGUUCAUGGAGGAGGCAGACGUUCUUGGUGACUGGAUAGCGAUUCUGGACCACGGCAGGGUUGUCUGCUACGGCACUACUCCAUUCUUGAAAAAAUUAUAUGGUACAGGCUAUCAUCUGACUAUCACCACAGACAAGAACUCUGACAAAGAAACAAUCACUGGUAUCGUGAGGGAGAUAAUCCCCAAUUAUACAAAGGGCUCAGUUCUACCAACACAAAUUGAUUUUAAUCUGCCCAUGGAGGAAACACACAAGUUCCCUGAACUGUUUGCCAACCUUGAAACAAGAAAAAGUGAGUUGGGAAUUGGCGGCAUUGGAAUACAGUGUACUACAAUAGAGGAAGUAUUUUUAAAGGUAGGAGAGAUGCUGCAGGAUCCGAACUCUUCUACUUUUACUGGAUAUCUUCUAGCCAACUUUCCCAAGUUGAUAAGACGCAAAGACAAUUUGACUGGUAAAAGUUUACGUUUUCAACAGUUCAAAGCUCUUUUGGUUAAAAAAUCGUUAUUUGACAUCAGAAAUUUCAUGCUGCUACUCUUAAUGACAAUCGUUCCAGUUUUGAUUGUACUGAUAACGUUCCCACAGAGUGUAAGCACGAGUAACAGGAAAACUCAACCACCUCUGCACGAAGUCCUUAGUAUGUACGACAACUCAACAGUGUUCUAUUCCAUUGUCCCUGUAGAAGGAAUGGAGGCCAAGUUUAAGUCUUUGGAUGCCAGUCUGAAUUCCAUCAUUACAAAACAGCAUGGAAGACUAAUGCACACAGAAAAUGUUACCAACUCUUUAUCAGAGUUUGGAUCAAAAUAUUCAGUACAAUACACCAGACACACUAUAGUGAGCCUGGCAGUUGAUAAAUACACUGUUACCGCUUUCUUCAGCAACCACCCUGCCCACGCUGUUCCCAUCUCAAUAAACCUGGUUUCGAAUGUACUGCUGAAGUUCUAUCUUCCUGACAUUAAUUUGAACAUCAGUCUGAUCUAUAUCCCAGUGGAUAUCAGCGCUUUGGAAAACACUUGCAUCCAGGCGUCUCUCAACCUUGGGGAGAACAUCGGUCACCAAUGGGCCGUGAGCAUGCCCCAGUGUCUCCUCUGUAUCAUGACAGUGUUCAUCCUGCUGCCAGCAGUAGAGCGGUCCACAUCGUGCAAGCAUCUUCAGCUCAUGACUGGAGUCUCGCCAUACCUCUACUGGGGCGCUUGCUUUGUCUGGGACUUCUUCUUGUACUGCAUCGUCACUCUGCUUUGUGUAACGAUGAUAAUACUCCCCGACAAGCACCACAUCUUCACCUCUCUGCAUAAUACUAGCAUUUUAAUACUGAUUCUUCUGCUUUAUGGCAUUAGUGGAACCACAUUUGCAUAUUUUUCAAGUAGUUUUGGAUCUUCUACAAGCAAAAUUGUGGGAAAUUAUAUUGUUAUUAGUAUUUGUUUUGGAUUGGUGACGGCCAUAGGGAUGAAUGUGGCAUUAAGGGCGGAAUACUCAGGAGAUUCUAUUAUCCCACCAGGGUUAUUGCGAGUGUUGGAGUACUUGUUGCCGCUGUGUCCACACUACUGCUUGGUUUCUGCCAUCACGUAUUUCGGUGGAGGCGUUUACCAGAGCUUCCUGUGCAAAAACUGCCCACAGCACAAUUGUAAUGACGAACGUCUGUUAGUCUUCAACAGUAAAGAGAAUAAAUAUGGUCUGCUGUUGGAAUUAAUAUAUUUAUCAACAAUUUGGAUACUGUACUUAAUUUUGGUACUGAUGGCUGAUAAAAAGGUAUUCAACAAAUUGUACUGGAAGAUAAAGGAUAUGAUGAUGGACACUGACAUACAUGAGGAAAACAUGGAUCUACGUUCAGAUGUCCGUAAAGAAGUUGAGAAAACUUUAUUGUGCACCAGAAAUCGAAAUGUAGAUCCAAAAGCAGUCUUCUUGACUAUAGGUCUCGGGAAGAAGUUCUCUUCCAAAAGUGUAAUCGUCCGACCAAUGAGUUUCCGCUUGCGGAAGGGAGAAUGCUUCGGUCUGUUGGGUAAAAACGGGGCGGGGAAGUCUUCAACUUUCAGGAUGUUGGUUGGUGAGCUCAUACCUACUUGUGGUGAUGCAGUCAGUUACAACGCUACGUUGAGAAAAAAUACAACACAGUACUUGAAAAAAAUUGGGUACUGCCCUCAAAUAGGAGCCCUCAACUUGUCAUUCACGGGUGAGGAGACCCUACGACUCUUCGCACAACUACGGGGGAUCCACCCCAAGCGAGUAGAGACAGAGGUGGACAACUGGAUAAGACUGUUGGGGUUAAGUGACCACCGUUCCUUUCUCUGUGCAACGUACAGCAGUGGUACCAGGCGCAAACUGAGCACAGCUGUAGCUCUGAUAGGUUACCCUCCCAUAGUGUUCCUGGAUGAGCCUACGGCUGGAGUCGACCCAUUUGGUAGACGCAAUCUGUGGGAGAUUCUCAACGCAAGCAAGGACAUGGGACAAGCUAUUCUUCUUACAUCUCACAGCAUGAGGGAGUGCGAGGCGCUGUGCGGGAGACUGACUAUCAUGGUGGAUGGUCAGUUGGUUUGCUUGGGGAACACACAAUAUUUGAAGAAAAAGUUUGGACAAGGCUACACAGUGCUGUUUGUGCUACAUACCGUACGAGAACUGCAGGAAAUGAUUCCAGCGCUUAAGGCUGAAAUGUACAAACUGUUCUCAAGAGUGAAAUUGAAAGAUGAACAUAAGAAAGCACUUCACUUCCACAUUAAAGAUGAGAACAUCAAACUUUCCCAGUUGUUUGGUACCAUGGAACAGUUGAAAAAAUCAUUUCCUGUAAUAGAAUCCUAUGCACUUGGCAAUACAACUUUAGAACAAGUAUUCAUCUCUUUUGCUAAAACUCAUAUAAAGCCAGAAAUUAUAAUCUAAUUUAAUUUGGACAAAUAAAUUAUGUUCAUAUGU